AUGGAACAAGAUCUGGGAUUUGAAGCUGAUGAGAGGGAGCAAGAUUUGGGAAAUGAGGCUAAUGGGGAGGAACAAAAUGAAGAACAACAUGAUUUUCAGGGUAGUGAUUCAGAUGAUGCAGAAUGGCAUCCUGAUAGCUCAAAUGAUGGUAAUGCUAGUACUGAUGGAGCUAUUGAUGAUGAUGCUAGCAACAUGAGCAAAGAAGAGAGUCAACAGCCCCUUUUAAAUUUUGAUGAGGGUAUUGAAUUAAAUGAUGAGGCACGUGCUGGAAGUGAGGAUGAGAAGGUGGUUGUGGAUAAUGAAGAUGAGGCUAAAUCUUGGCAGAAAAAGCAAAAAGUUGUUACUACAAGGUCUGAGAUUCUAAGGGCAAAAAAUAUUCUUGAUACUGAAAUGGCAGGACAAGGUGCACACUACUCGGCUCCGGUUGAUGAAUGCGAAAAGCCUGUGAUUGUGGCUGUUGUCCAAGUGGAGACUUGUGAUGAGCCGAAAGAGAGCUUGAAGGAGAAGAUUCAUGAGAAGCAUGAGGAAGUUGAGGCCAAGGUUCAUGAGCUGGAACACAAGAUUCAUGAGAAGCAUGAGGAGUUCAAGGACAAGGUGGCGGAGAAGGAGCAUGAGUUGAAGGACAAGAUUCAUGAGAAACAUGAAGAGGUUAAGGACAAGGAGCAUGAGUUGGAGGAGAAAAUUCAUGAGAAACAUGAAGAGGUCAAGGACAAGAUUGCGGAGAAGCAUCUUGAGAAGGAGGAGGAGAAGUACUUGAAAGAUCACAAGGUGGAUGCUUAUCUUCUUCCCACAGGACAUUGUGAUGAGAGCGUGCUGGUUGUUGUUGAGCCAGAGGAGAGCUUGAAGGACAAGAUUCACGACAAGGGACAUGAGAUUAAGGAGAAGAUUCACGGCCACAAGCAUGCAUGA